AUGUCAAAUGAUGAAGAUAAUCAGAAAAAUUGUGGAGAUGGUGAACGGUUUAAUCAUUUCGAUGGUCAUCAACAUGUUCAUGUUUUGCCAGGGAUUAACCUGGUCGUAGCUAGAGUUAUCUCUCGACUUGGGAUUAAAUGGAUUCGUGUUCCCAUUGAAUAUAUUUCAGAAACAUCCUGUUGUAUUACUGAAUCUGAAAUAAAUUUCUAUAGAGAAGUAUCUGAUCAAGCGAUGAAAGCAAAGGAAAUAUUUUCAUCCUAUAGUUUAAAAUAUACUCAAAAAUUUAUUGGAAUGGCGCUGAUGGGAAAAAACCAAACAAUGGAAUCAUUGGAUCAGUCUUUAUCAUCUUUUGAAGAUUGUAAGAAUGUUGAAUUUAUGGUUCAUCCUGGUUAUAGAACAAUAAAACAUACCAAUGAAUCUAAUAAUCUUGAAGGCUGUGGAGAUCCUGAUGGUCCUGAUUUAUUUUCACAGUCAAGUGAUCGAGAACAUGAAAUGUUUUUUCUUACAAGUGAUGAAUUUAAAGACUAUUUAAUGGUACAUAACUAUGAACUUUUGAAAUUUUCCGACUUAUCAUAA